AUGGCGUCUAGCGGCAACAAGAACAUCAACGCGAAGCUGGUGCUCCUUGGAGAUGUUGGAGCUGGAAAGUCUAGUUUGGUGUUGCGUUUUGUGAAGGGGCAGUUCAUCGAGUUUCAGGAAUCAACUAUCGGAGCUGCAUUUUUUUCCCAAACAGUUGCCGUGAAUGAUGCAACUAUAAAAUUUGAGAUAUGGGAUACAGCUGGUCAGGAGAGGUACCACAGCUUAGCUCCAAUGUACUACCGCGGAGCUGCCGCAGCCAUUAUUGUUUAUGAUAUCACAAACCAAGCCUCAUUUGAACGGGCCAAGAAAUGGGUUCAAGAGCUUCAAGCACAAGGUAACCCAAAUAUGGUUAUGGCACUUGCUGGGAAUAAAUCAGAUUUGUUGGAUGGAAGAAAAGAAGCACAAGCUUAUGCCCAGGAAAAUGGUCUUUUCUUCAUGGAAACUUCUGCGAAGACAGCAACAAAUGUGAACGACGUAUUUUAUGAGAUAGCCAAGAGAUUGCCUCGAUUACAGCAGGCACCGAAUCCAUCCGGUAUGGUCCUUGUGGAUCGACCAGCCGAAAGGACAGCCAGUGCUUCAUGUUGCGCUUAA